AUGAGCUUUGAUGGCACCGAUGAGUCGUUACACAACUGUCGUGCAGCUGCCCCACAGCCAGCUGAGAGCUCAUUUGCGGCUCACAACAGUCAGGCAUGGCAUGUGCAGUCCUCUUCUUUGCCGGACGAUGCCAACGACUCUGGCGAAGCCUGGCGGUACGCGCGCCGCAUCGCCAGCCUAGCCUACGACACUGUCAGUGGGGUGCUUGGCGUGCUGCGUGCGAAGCCGUGCAAAGAGGUCAAGAUGUCGAAAGACAAUUACACCCCUCUGAAGGCACUUUCCUCCCCGACGGUCCCUCCUAACACACCCCACAUCUCUGCCGCGACUUCAGCCCAAAGCUGCUGUGGUGCUCAACAGCCAUCUGAUGAGGCACACAUGACCGACACCAUCGAGCUUCGUCGUCCGCGACACAGCACAUUUCAGUACCAGGCGCUACCGCCACAGCCCCCCGUUUCAGAGUCGGCACCGCAGAUGCGCGAGGUGCCGCACAUGCAUCCGUCAAUGCGAGGCUCACCACAGUACCAAAUCACAGUGAACCAGUACUUUGCAGCACCCGAGCGUGACCUCUACCCUAUUGUGUUCGCGAAUCCGGACCAGGCCGCGAAGCACAGCGGCGCCUCCGCUUACCCGUCUCGUGCGAGUCUCCUUACUGUCCCGUCCAGCGUGCAGGGCUAUGCAAAGCGUCCGCGCCUCGCGUUUCCUCCGGCAGCUGCCGAGGAGUUGCGGGUGCGCAAGGCACCUAAAACAGCCACCGACACCCAUACCUUGGAUGUAUCAUUGAGCAACGCUCCCUCGGCGAUCCCGCUGGACUCACAGGAUAACUCACUAACGGUUCCUAUCGCAUCGCUUGCGAAGCAAAGACUGUUUGGUAGGACCAAGGCAACUAACAAAUGUGACGCCCCUGUUACAGCAAAGCCCUCUGCUCCGCUGGCAGAUGCUCCAACCGCGAAAGCGCCUCUUUUUGGCGGCACAGCGACCGCUAACGCUGCCGCUGCGCCCCCCAGCCCUUUCUCCUUUUCAGCUAAGCCUGCCGAGGCAGCACCUGCGCGUUCUGCACCCGAGGCGCCCGCCUUUGGUGUCUCCAAGAGCAACUCGUUUGUGAAAGCAGGGCCACCGGCAGUCAUUCCGGAUGACAAUGGAUUCGCUCCCAACGCGGACAGCGACGAUGACAAGGACGUGAAGUCUGCUACGGAAAAUGCGGCACCAGCAAAGACCUCUUUUAGCUUUAGCCCCCUCGGCACGAAGCCCACAUUUGGCGCAGCGCCGCCAUCGUCUGCCGGCGCCCCUCCCAACCCUUUCUCCUUUUCAGCUAAGCCUGCCGAGGCAGCACCUGCGCGUUCUGCACCCGAGGCGCCCGCCUUUGGUGUCUCCAAGAGCAACUCGUUUGUGAAAGCAGGGCCACCGGCAGUCAUUCCGGAUGACAAUGGAUUCGCUCCCAACGCGGACAGCGACGAUGACAAGGACGUGAAGUCUGCUACGGAAAAUGCGGCACCAGCAAAGACCUCUUUUAGCUUUAGCCCCCUCGGCACGAAGCCCACAUUUGGCGCAGCGCCGCCAUCGUCUGCCGGCGCCCCUCCCAACCCUUUCUCCUUUUCAGCUAAGCCUGCCGAGGCAGCACCUGCGCGUUCUGCACCCGGGGCGCCCGCCUUUGGUGUCUCCAAGAGCAACUCGUUUGUGAAAGCAGGGCAACCAGCAGUCAUUCCGGAUGACAGUGGAUUCGCUCCCAACGCGGACAGCGACGAUGACACGAGGAGCAAUAACAAGAGGGCCAAGGCUGAAAGCGCGUCCCCGGAUGGGGGCAGCGGUGCCUUUUCCUUCAGCCUGAGCUCUAGUCUCGCGAAGCCGCCUUUUGGAUCUGGACUUACAUCUGCCGGAUCGCCAUCGUUCGGGGCAAGCACAGGUGCCUCUGGGACCGCUGCCAAGCCGUUCUCUUUCGCCAAUCCCACGUCUACAGGGCUGUUUGGCGCCUCAUACAGCUCUGGCUUUCCUUUCUCUACUGCAAAGAAGUGA